CAAUAAAGCCCUUAACAUUGAAUUGAGAGAGAGAGAAAAAGGAGAGAGAGAUAGAGGGCGAGAGAGAGGAAAAUAGAGAGAGGAGAGAGAGAACUGGUGUAGGUAUAGAAGAAGACAACUUGAAGUCACGCUUGCCGACAGCCUUUUCACACGUUUGUGCUAAAAUGUGUCUCCCUCUCUAACAAUCAAACGAGAGACACAGAGGGAGAGGGAACGAGGAACGGUGGGAGAGAGAGAGCAAGAAGGAGAGAAUGAAUUAGAAAGCAACAGUGGUGUCAAGAAAUGUAGCUGCUCUCUGUCCCUUUAUUUUCUCACUUUCACUUUCAGAGUUUGUAGCUGUUGAAAGCAGAGCGAUAACUUGGCUGUGUAUUGUGCGUUGAAGAUUGACCCUGUUGAGGGUCUCGUCAUCAUGGAUGAGAUGGAGGACAAGACUUCUGUGCAUUCAGACGAGAGUGAUGUUGAAGCUGACCUAAGACGAUCAUCCAAGAUCCUGCCAGAAAACAGAAGAACAUCUAGAUGGAAGAAUGGUCAGUGUGUGCUGGCAGUACCAACCUCCUCCAUGCUGAGCCCCAGGUUUGAUCUGUCGCUCUGCAGGGCUCUGCUGGAGAGGGACGGCUUCCAGAUUCCCGUGGCAGACUUUGAGACACCUCUAGACAUAGCACUGAAUGUGCCAUCGGUCAGGAGAUACCUGUUCCUUAACUCCUCUCUCAUCCACUUCAUCAUGGCACCGAUUAUAUAUGUGGUGAUAUGGUGUGCUGUGUUCUCCACUCUUCAUAUGUAUCUCUCGGUCACUGACUACUGGGUCCUCUGCCUGUCUGUCAGUCUGGUCUCCAUCUUCCUCACCACAUUCAUCAUCGUCAUCCUCUACUAUAGUAACAAGGAGAUAAACAUCAACAUUGACGUGCGACUCAUCCAGGUGAAUGAGAGGCUGAGCCAACAUAUGCUGCUGGUGGGUGUGGCUGACUGGGUGCAGAACUGCACUGGAACUCUACAGCUGUUCAUUGUGUACUGGGAUACGGCCCGCUGCUUGAGGACACUGACUGAAACUCUAGAGGAGAUGAGCUUUGUCGGAGACGAGGCCCAGAAGAGACUCGAGAAGAGAAUGUCCCACCUUGUCCUGGUGUCAGAGGUCAUGACCCUUGACCCUGUGGCGGUGGAGUCAAGUGUUAAUGAAGGUUCUGAUGAGGAAAGGCCCCUCUUGAUGAACGAUGAGGCUGGAGGCAGUACCUCAACCAGCCAGAGGGAGGACACCAAACUCACUACUAACUACAUUUUGGUACCGGACCAAAUACUACCAGCUCAGGCCAAAGCACUCCAACUUCUACUGACCUACGGUGCGGUGUAUGUCAAGCUGUUGGUAUCUGAAAAGCUGCCAAACUCCACACACCACCCCCUACACCACAGGAGGAAUCACUGCACCACUGCCUCCCUUUGUCUCUGUCAGUAUAUAAAAACCAAGGUCCUAGGAUUAUAAGACUGGGACACAGAAACGCUGAUGCGUUCCACUUUAAAUAAUAUAUUACUGUAGGACAAUAGAAUAUUUGCACUGACAAUAUAAAAGUCACGAUUUUAGUACCCACUUGUGUACGUUUUGCAUUCAAUUAUACAAACAAUAAAUAUAUAUCUUUAA